AUGGCGACGGAGGCGUGUAGUUGGUCGUUGCCGAUACUGUUGAAGAAGACGCAGCUGGUUGCGCUAGGAAAUGUCGAGACGUACUUUGAUGGCGACGAUGUGAGGAGUAUCGAUGAGGGCAUGAACGAAGUCGCCGUCGCGUUGGUCGAGGUGCUCAAUGUGAUGCUCAAUGUGAGAGUCGACGACGAGAAGAGCGGUACUGAUAAUGGGAUGACCAGACUUGAGGACGAAGAAGGUGCCGUCAACGAAACCGUGACUGUUUCCACCUGCGUUUGGGUGACAACAACGCUGCUUAUCUCGGUCGAUGUAGCACUGAUGGUAAUCCGGUCCGUCAAAGUUGUUGUGGUAGUCGUCGAUGAUAGCGCAGCUGACAUGAGUGACGAAGCUGAGGCCUGGGCAGACCUCUCCACGAUGAAAGAGGAACCCAGGCUAUCGACGCAGAUGCUGUAG